AUGGAAAAUACAACCACAACCAAUACCACUACCACUACUACCCCCAAAUCAAAGAUACGAUGGGCGCCUCUUAACAUUCCUUUGGAACGUCGAUUGCAAAUGAUGGCCCUUUGCACAUGGUUCUUUGCACUUUGGAUAUGCUUACUUGUUUUUGGAUACUUAUGGACAUUUCCUUGGCUCUGGCCUUUCCUUAUUGCCUACCUUACCUUUGUGUAUUUUGACAAGGCUCCUGAAAAGGGUGGGCGUCGAGUCGAAUGGGUACGGCGCUUUCCUACAUGGAAGUACUUUGCCAAUUACUUUCCUGCCAAGCUAGUCAAGGAGCAAGAUUUGGAUCCAAAGAAGAAUUACGUAUUCGGAUACCACCCUCAUGGUAUUAUUUCAUUGGGUGCUGUUGCAAGUUUUGCUACAGAAGCCACUGGUUUCUCGGCCCAGUUCCCUGGGAUCAUUCCAUCACUACUCACGUUGACCAGCAAUUUCCGAUUACCUUUGUAUCGUGAUUUAAUCAUGGCCAUGGGCAUGGCUUCGGUAUCGCGAUCUUCAUGCGAGAAAAUCCUAUCAUCAGGCCCUGGCCGCUCUAUCGUCAUUGUCAUUGGAGGAGCUGCCGAGUCGUUAUACGCACGUCCAGGCACAGCAGAUUUGACGCUCAAACGCCGCUUAGGAUUCAUUCGCCUUGCUAUCAAGCAAAAUGCAUCUUUGGUGCCUGUUUUUUCUUUUGGAGAAAAUGAGUUGUUUGAACAAAUGGAUAACUCAAAGGGAUCCACAGUAUGGAAAAUUCAAAAGAAGAUGCAAGCCAUGCUAGGAUACACGCUUCCAUUGUUCCAUGCACGUGGCGUGUUUAAUUAUGACAUGGGCCUUGUUCCCUUUAGACAUCCAAUUGUCACCGUUGUUGGCAAGCCUAUUGAUGUCCCAAAAUUGGAGGAUGGCCAAAAGGAACCUACAGAGGAACAACUUCAAGCUGUGCAAGAUGCAUACAUUUUGGGGCUUCAAGAAAUAUAUAACAAGUACAAGGAUACCUACGCUAAGGACCGGAAACGAGAUUUGAGGAUCAUUGAGUAG